GCGAGUGUCUGAGAAAAUUAAACCUAAAGCUUCUUCCCAGUCUUCACAGCUUCACAAAUUAAUCGAGAGAGAGGGGGAGAGAGAGAGAUGGCAAGGGAUAGCUGUCUGGCCAGAGUAACCGCCGGAGUCGCCGUAGGUGGUGCCGUUGGAGGGGCUGUUGGUGCUGUAUACGGGACUUAUGAUGCUAUUAGAAAUAAGGUCCCUGGACUUCUGAAGAUCAGAUAUAUUGGACAAGCAACUGUGGGCAGUGCUGCCAUUUUUGGUCUUUUCCUGGGCGCUGGGAGCUUGAUACAUUGUGGGAAGUCAUACUGAGGGAGGGAMUUGUUCCGGUAUUGAAAACAAUAAAACCUUAGUGGACUUUGAUAACUUCCUUACACAAUUCUCUUAUUAACCUUGAAAUUUAUGUCGGUUUUCGUAUAUUCAAGUUUUGCUGGGUUGAGGUUUGGAACACUUUGGCUGUGAGACAUCACUAUUUUGGUCGUUCAAUAUUGGUGACGGUGACGGUGAUAGUGAUACUACGACAGAUUUUUAUAAAUGCAUGAUCUUAUGAUUGAUUUAAGAAAAAGUACCACGGGGCUGUUCGGUUCGUUUUCUAUUAAGACCUGUAUGGAUAAAGAUGUAUGUAUUGAUAAAGUUGUCUAUAUGAUAACUUAUAAAUUGUUGUUCGGUUGUC